AUGGAUGGAUUGACAGCAACCGAGUUCUGUGGUGUAAGUCUCAUUGGAAAGUUAUGUAAUCUAAUGACGAGACAACUCAUAGAGCUUGGACUGGGUCUAGAGGCAUCGAAGAGGCCAUUCAUUUGGGUGAUCCGGAAAGGGAAUGAAAUAAAGGAGUUGCAGAAAUGGAUGGAGGCCUACAAUUUCAAAAAGAAAACAAAGGGGAGAGGGCCGGUGAUUCGUGGUUGGGCGCCACAAGUUAUGAUACUAUCCCACACUGCAAUCAGAAGCUUCUUGACGCAUUGCGAUUGGAACUCAACGCUUGAAGGAAUAUCGACAGGGGUUCCUAUGAUUACAUGGCCACUAUUUUCAGACCAAUUCAAUGACGAGGUGCUGAUCGUGAAGAUGCUGAAAAACGGGGUGAGUGUGGGUGUGCAAGCAUCUUUGCAAUGGGGAGAGGAAGAGGAGACUGAAGUGGCUGUGAAAAAAGAGGAUGUGAUGAAAGCUAUUGAAAGGGUGAUGAGUGGAACAAAGGAAAGUGAAGAGAUUAGAGAGAGAUAUAAAGAGCUUGAUAAAAAGGCCAAUAGAGCUGUUGAAGAAGGUGGUUCUUCUCACGAUAACGUCAAGUUGUUCAUUGACGAUCUAAUUGAUCUUGCAGGUGGUGAUCCCAACUGA